GUCCUCGCCUAUUUGAGCUGACAGUUCAUUGUUAGCAAGCAGGCUAAAAAGUCACAUUCUGUAAGGUUAGCAUUAUUCUGUAUGGAUAAGUGACACUGGAAUAGCAUAUAGCCUAAUGUUUAGUCCUUUUUUCAGCAGCCAAAUAAAGCGUUAAUUUAAUGUUAGCUUGCGAGCUAACAUACUGCUCUAGGUUAGACAGCUAACGUUGCCUAGGUAACUGAGCUAGAUAGCUAACUAGCUAACAUUAGCUAGUAUAAUAUGUAUCUUUUGUACACAAUCCUUGCCGCACUUUUCUCCUUCUUAGUACUAAAAUGGAUGAAAAGACGUAACUACUGUAUGGACGUGAAACGACUGGAUGGAAAAACAGUUCUUAUAACCGGUGGAAACUCUGGCAUUGGCAAAGAGACGGCCGUGGCUUUGGCUUUGCGAGGAGCCAGAGUCAUCAUCGCUUGUAGGGACGAGGACCGAGCAAGAAAGGCUGUGAGGGAGAUCAAGGCAAGGAGCCACAACAUGAACGUCCUGUACAUGGAAGUGGACCUUGCCAACAUGAAAUCCAUACGAGAAUUCAGCAAAACCUUCCUACAGAAAGAGAAGAGGCUGGAUAUUCUCAUCAAUAAUGCAGGCGUUCCCAGUGUCCUGGACUGGACCGACGACAAUUUCUCCAUGUGUUUUGGGGUGAACCACCUGGGACAUUUCCUCCUCACCAACCUGCUGCUGCCGCGGCUGAAGGAGAGCUCCCCCAGUCGAGUGAUCGCGCUUACCUGUUCCAACUACAAGUACCAAAGAUUGGACUUCCAGGACCUGAACUACAACCUGUUCCCUUUCUUCACCUACUGCCGCAGCAAACUCGCCAACAUUUACUUCACGCAGGAGCUCGCACGCAUGAUGGAGGGAAAGGGAGUGACAGCAUAUGCGGUGCAUCCUGGUUAUGUCCAGAGCAACUGGACCUGCCACUACUCGUUCCUGUUCCAGCUGCUGAUGAAGGUCAUCAUGUUCAUGUUCUUUGUGUCAUGUGAAGCGGGGGCGCAGACAGUCGUCCACUGCGCAGUAGCAGACGAGGUCAUCGCUAACAACGGAGGCUACUUCUGUGACUGCAAACCAGCCAAGUUACAAGCUUUCGCUAAGGACGCUGGUGUGGCCAAAAAGCUGUGGGAGGCUAGCGAGAGACUAGUUAAACUCGCCUGAGAGCUGGCUGCUUAUUUGUGACUGUUUUUAUGUUAUUUAUGGAUGAUGUGAUGUUUCUUUUUGACACUGGUUUUCUUUUUAAUUUCCAUUGAUUUAUUUUUUAAGUGUUCAGCUACUGCUGUAAUGAUCCGGAUGAGAAGAUCCAGGCUUAUUUUGGUGUCUCUUGCUGGAAUAAAUAGUCCAUUUUAUGAGACAGUAUUU